UGAAAGCACGAAGAAGAUAAUUGAGUUUAAGAAAAUUGAGAGGUAGGCCAUGGCAGGUUUUCUUCGAUACGUGAGUGUGCAGAUGGUGAUCGCCGACGACGGCGGCGGCGCUUCUCUUGGCCGAUUUUGUUCGAGCACUCAAUUUCGAGGAGGCGCUCCCUCAAAUUUCUCGGGGUAUCGGAAUGGUUAUACCGGCGUUCCUGUAAUCCGUCCCCAAUUUUAUACCGGCGUUUAUGUCAGUCUUCUAAUCCAUCCCCAAUUUUAUCGUAAUGGUUAUAGCGGCGGCAAUCACCAGGAGGAUAGCGGCGGCGGCAAUCACCAGGAGGAUAGCGGCGAAGAAACAGAAACAGAAUUAGGGCAAGAAAUUUUAGAUGUGAAAUUUGAGUGCAGGAGCGAGAUGAAAUCUGAAAUUUCAGUGCAGGGAGAUCCGGCCUUGAAGAAAUUCCGUAAUUUCCUUGAAAACAUUACGCAAUUUCUUGAGAGCUUGGAAAAGUUUCUAAUUAUAUCUAUGCAUGUCCUGGCCUGCUUGAACGAGAUUUUUGGAGAUGGUACGAAGGCAAAUCUUGAGAAAAAUGGCACACAAAUGUCAGCCUCAGGAGAUUCUUAUCAUUGUUAUCAUUAUUAUUAUUUUUAUUAUUAUAAUAGAGGCCAUCCUGUGAGUCUUGUAACCCUUUAUCCCGAAUGUUAUCCGUGCAUUCGAUUUCAAAGAAGUUUUUUUAUUGAGCAUCCAACUGUCCGGUGGGAAGAAGUGGUGAAGAAAUGCUGCGAAUGGUGCACAUUAUGUAACCCCCGAAGAGCUGAGACGAAGAAGGCAGCGCCGGGAGAUUCUUAUCAUUGUUAUUAUUAUUAUUAUAAAUAUUAUAAUUAUAAUAACGGCAUUCCUCUCAAUCAUAUGAGCGGUCGUCCCGAAUGUCCGUGCAUUGAAUAUCGAAGAUACGCUCCCUACGGGGGUCUGCUUGAUCCAGUCCGGCGGAAAGAAUUGGUGCAGAAAUGCCGUGAAUGCUACAAAUUAUGUAAAAACAAGAGGUGAGGCGCCAUUGAGCAAUUUAAGUCUGAUCUGUUAGCUUAGCUGCUUUAAUUACAAGAGAUGAGGCGCCAUUGAACAAUUUAAGUUUGAUCUGUUAGCUUAGCUGCUUUAAUUUGUUAUUAGAUUAGAUAUUUCCCUUCUUCUUACUUUAGUAUAAAUACGAAAUAGAGGAGAUUGUAAUGGGAUUAGGCUUUGGAAAUUAAUAACAAUUGUUAUUAAAAAUUUA